CUAUUUCCCUGAUCUUGCUUUGACCUGGGGGCUCAAGCCACAUUGGACUCAGGUCCUGAACUUCCUGUGGGUCCCUCUUCAUAGCGUAAGGUGGCCUUGGGCAAAAUAACCUAAAAAACAUUUUGUGAGCAUAUAAAAUUCUUACCAUUGAGAGGAAACAACUGGCCAAAUGGACUUUGGAACAGCACUAGGUUUUAGCCAAGUUCUUCUACUAGCAUCAGUAGUGAAAUCUUGUUGCAAAAAAUGCUUGGAGCAUAUUCUAACCAUCUUUGUGGGAUUGAGGUUCUAGCCUGAACAACCGUUCUGCAACAGAAAUAGGUCACUUGGCUAGUUAUGGAUACCAUGGGGCCAAUGUCAAAAGGACCAUGGGGCCAACUUAUUUGGCAACAUCGCAAAAAAAAGGGUUUGUUGUGGAGGAAGAACUUUUGUAAACAUUCCAGGUCUAAAUGGCACAUACAUAAUACAUAUGUAUAUAUAUAUAUAUCUUAUAUGAUACGUUUAUGGUAUAGACAAAUUUAUGGAAUGAAACGCUGUUGUAUAGGUACGUACAGUGAUUUUCAACAUAGCUUCUUCCCCGUAAUUAUCCUUUGAGCGGUCAAA